AUGGGACCACGGGGUUCCCGGUGGCCGACGCGAUGGGGCCAUCGCGGACCGCGAGCGACGCGCCGGGGACGCGCCGUCGCGACGCCGUCGCGGUGCGACGCGUACUUCGCGGUGUCCACGGGCGUGGACGCGGUCCGCGAUGGAAUCCGACGCGACGACGCGGUCGCGCGCGGGGGGUUACCGAACCCGACGAACCCGUCGCUCGCGGGGUGGAGCCGAGUUGGCGAAAACCCUGCCGCGCGACGGUCGCCCGGAUCGGGUCCCCGCGCGCGUCGCCUCGCCUCGCGACGCGGCGUGGAGCGCGUCCAUCGCCUUCGUCGUGACGACGACGCAUUCCGCGUCGCGUGUGAUGCCCGACACGGCGGCGUCGUCGUCGAACGCGCGGCCGUCGGGCGCGCGGAUUCCGAGCGCGGGCUUUUAGGGUUUUUCCGUGCGCCCGUCCACGGGCGCCAGCAUCUCAUUUCUUUCCAACCCCCGGUCGCGGCGGCGCCGACGUCGUCCGCGUCGGCGGCGCGCCGGACGUGCUCUCCCGCCCGCCUCGAUCCCCGCCCGCCCCGAUCCACGCCACGCGCUGACCUCUCCUCCGCCCCUCCUCCGCCUUACUCUCAGGGGAUCGACAUCGAGGCCGGCGGCCGCAACAAGAAGAAGUCUCGCACCGCGCCCAAGUCCGAGAACGUGUACCUCAAGCUCCUCGUGAAGCUGUACCGGUUCCUCGUUCGCCGCACGGACUCCAAGGUGAACGAGACCAUCCUUAAGAGGCUUUUCAUGUCCAAGAUCAACCGCCCCCCGCUCUCCCUGUCCAAGCUCGCCAAGUUUGCGAAGCCCGGUCAGAUCUCCGCCGUCGUCGGCACCAUCACCGACGACGCGAGGAUGUUCGAGGUGCCCGCGCUCCGCGUGUGCGCGCUGCGCUUCACCGAGACGGCUCGCGCGAGGAUCGUGAAGGCUGGCGGCGAGUGCAUCACCUUCGAUCAGCUGGCGCUCCAGGCGCCCACCGGCGAGAACGUGUGCCUUCUCCGCGGACCCAAGUCCCACCGCGAGGCGGUUAAGCACUUCGGCGCUCCCGGCGUGCCCGGCUCCCACGCCAAGCCUUACGUGCGCCACAAGGGCCGCAAGUUCGAGAAGGCUCGCGGCAGGCGCAAGUCUCGCGGAUACAAGGCGUGAUCAUCUGUUGGGUUUAGAUGACGACGGGAACGUCACGGGCUAUUGGAGUGCCGGGCGCGAUGGACAUCGCCCUGGUUGGGGUUUUGGCUUAGUUUUGUUUUGUUUAUUCAGAGCUGAGCUGGCUUUACAUCA